CUUUUACUUGGAUAGCUUGAGCUCUAAUAAACCGCCUUCAAAACGGCAGGAGAGAAGGAACAGUUACAGGAGUCCUCCCGGGCAGCAUCCAUUUCAAAGAUGGAGUUAAUGGCGGGUCACCCGGCUCUCAAAGCCUUUAUGUGUGGCUCUCUCAGCGGCACCUGCUCCACACUCCUUUUCCAGCCUCUGGAUUUGGUCAAGACACGGCUGCAGACCCUGCAGAACAACUCCGUACCAGGUACACCGAAGGUUGGGAUUACAGUUUUUAUCAACGUUAUUAGGACAGAGAAGUUCUUCAGUCUUUGGAAAGGAGUUUCACCAUCAUUUGCCCGCUGCAUCCCUGGGGUGGGGAUCUACUUCAGCACCUUCUACUCCCUGAAGCAGCACUUCUUCCUGGAUCAGGCACCCAAUGCUGGCGAGGCUGUUCUGCUGGGAGCGGGUGCUAGAUCUGUAGCCGGGAUCUGUAUGCUACCAUUCACUAUCAUUAAGAGUCGCUUUGAAAGUGGCCGUUACAACUAUACAAGUGUUACAGGGGCUUUGAGAAAUAUGUAUGAGACAGAAGGUAUCAGGUCUCUCUUCUCCGGGUUGACUGCUACGUUGCUAAGAGAUGCUCCAUUCUCAGGCAUUUACGUCAUGUUCUACAGCCAGGCCAAGCGGUUGCUACCUCAAGAGGUGAGUUCGUCAUCAUGUGCUCCGCUGGUGAACUUCACUUGUGGAGUGGUGGCCGGGAUCAUGGCUUCGUUGGUGACGCAGCCUGCAGAUGUUGUGAAGACCCACAUCCAAGUCAGCCCUGCCCACUGGAGUACAAUAGAUUCUAUUCGCUGCAUCUACAUGGCGCAUGGCCUGAGUGGGUUUUUUCGUGGGGCUGUACCCAGGUCUCUUCGCCGCACUCUGAUGGCCGCUAUGGCUUGGACUGUCUAUGAACAGUUGAUGGCACGAAUGGGGCUCAAAUCUUGAAGAGCAGAAAUGUCUUGCCACAGGUGCAGCUGAAUGAAAUUUAAAGAGGUCAUAUUUUCUGACUGAAAGUUCCGACAUGCAGGAAGAAAUGGAAGAUGAGGUGAACUCGUGUGACUGAGACAAUGAGCUCGACAGCCAGGUGGAUAUGUCUGGAAUCUAAGCAGGAAUGCUGGGUGCUUGAAGUUUUUGUUGAGUUACAUAAAUAUUUGCGAAAAUGUGCCUGUUUUCAGGUGUUUGUGAGAUUGUGGU